AGCAAAAGCCCUACUUCUGCCACGCACGCCCUUCAUUUCGGAAGCUUAUCUUCUCUCUCAUUUUCGGAAUUUCUCCACCGAUUUUGUUUCCCGCUCCCUCUACUGGUUUCUGGAUUGAUAAUGGCGAUGUCAUUGGGUGUAUUUUCGAGUUUCCUGCCGGUUGAGACGGUGUCGUUCGGAGUUUCUUCUUCUUUUCCGACUGCUGUAAGGUUUGGUCCUUUGAAUCGGCGCUUGGUGGCUGUUGCAGCUUCGAAGCCGGCUACGGAGACGAAGAAGCGCGAGCCGAGGGGGAUCAUGAAGCCGCGCCGAGUGUCGCCGGAAAUGCAGGCGUUCCUAGGUGGCGUUUCGGAGAUUCCACGGACUCAAGCGCUGAAAGAGAUUUGGGCUCACAUCAAGCAGCACAAUCUCCAGGACCCUGAAGACAAGAAGGUUAUCAUCUGUGAUGAGAAGCUGAAGAAAAUUUUCGGAGGAAGGGACCGAGUGGGUUUCCUUGAGAUUGCAGGUUUGAUCAGUCCACACUUUCUCAAGUAACAACGGAAAAGGGUUCCACCAUUCGCGAGGCAUGCAUGCAAGCAAGCAUUUCCCUUCCCCCCUUCUUUUUGUAAAUGAGGUUUAUGUUGGAAAAUGGGACACUAGCAAUAAUUAGCUUAGAUUAAUCUUUUCCGCCGGAAGAUCAUAUUUAAACCUUGCCCUUUUGGAUCCACUUUUGGUCUCUAAGAUGCGUGGAAAUAUUUUGGUUGUCUUGAAUAUGCUGCAGAAUAUUUAGUUUAUGAAUCUUAUUUGUCUGCGA